AUGUAUGCCGCAAGCAAGAUGACCGGGGCCGUUGCCCGUAUUGGUGCGAGACAGUCGACCCGUUUCAUGUCGACAUCGCAGACUCCCAUCCAGAGCUCCAUCAUCCGCUCUACUCGUCAACCCCUCAACCGCAAUGCCCUGCUCUUCAACAACGCUCGCACCACUUUGAGCUCCAACAUGAUCCGCGGUGCUAUGCAAUCUCGUGGUGUUGUGGCCGAGACCGCAACAACCGCCAUUGUGGUCGCUGCUAAGCUUCACGGUGCUGGUGCUGCCACCAUUGGUCUUGCUGGUGCCGGUAUUGGUAUCGGAACGGUGUUCGGAGCUUUGAUCCAAGGUGUCGCCCGCAACCCAUCUCUGAGAGGUCAGCUUUUCUCCUAUGCUAUUUUGGGUUUCGCCUUCGCCGAAGCAACUGGUCUUUUCGCGUUGAUGGUUGCUUUCCUCAUCCUCUACGCAUACUAG